AUGGCUGAGGACCUGCAGAUCUAUAAUCUGUUUCCAGCCCUUGGAUUUCUCUUCAAGAAUUACAAGACUGUUCUUCAAAACAGGGAUGAGUUUCAUGCUUUUACACAGGUUAUUUUCAAAGAACACCUCAAAAAGCUGGACAAAAAUGACCAGCGAAGCCUUAUUGAGGUAUUCUUCGUAAGACAGAAGGAGGAGAAAAGCGGCACCAAUGGCUAUUUCCAUAAUGAAAAUUUAAAAAACCUUGUAUUAAACUUGUUUAGUGCUGGAACGGAAGCCACUUCCACCACACUGCGCUGGGGCCUUCUCCUAAUGAUGAAUGACCCUGAAAUUCAGCAAAAAGUUCAGAAUGAGAUAGCGACAGUUUUAGGUUCAAACCUACCAUGUGGUGAACAUCGCACUAAGAUGCCUUACACAAAUACAGUUGUCCAUGAAAUUCAGAGGUUUGCUAAUAUUGUGUCAAUGAAUGGACCUCAUUCCGCUACCAUGGAUGUCACUCUCAAGGGCUACUUCAUUCCAAAGGGAACUUACAUCAUCCCCUUCCUGGGCUCAGUGCUACAAGACAAAUCUCAGUGGGAGAAGCCAGGUGAUUUCUAUCCUGAGCAUUUUCUUGACCCUGAAGGAAAGUUUGUGAAGAAGGAAGCCUUCAUGCCAUUCUCAGCAGGUCGGAGGAUGUGUGCAGGCGAGACUCUUGCCAAAAUGGAGCUCUUCCUCUUCUUCACAAGCCUCCUCCAGAGGUUCACGUUUCACCCGGCCCCUGGUGUUUCCAGAUCAGAGCUGGAUCUCACCCCAGCCAUUGGCCUUACUGCACCCCCAAUGCUCCAUCAGAUCUGUGCAGUGCCACGGGUUUAG